AUGCCCGAUUCAAAAACAGCAGAUGUGUGUCCGGUAGACCACACAAGUCGGCAGGCUUGGCUAUCGCAAGCCAAGUCUGCGCAAGCGGAAUCGAAAACGGUCCCUCGGCAGCAUCCGCCAACGUCUAAAGAUGAGGAGGAAGCUUGUCCCGUGGACCACAAGGCACGCGAGGCAUGGUUGCAGCAAGCCCGAGCUGCAUCAGAAAGCACAGCAGCAAAACCGGCGCAACCAACUCCAUCACAACCACAACCACAGCCGCAAGCGGCCUCGUCUUCAUGGGCGUCCUCUUUACGCUUGUGGAUACCCUUCUCCUCCUCCUCGUCCACAUCCUCGCCAUCCACAACACCAUUUCGACCGACGCCAUCACUAGGCACUGACCGCGUAAUCUCCACGAUACCGCGUUCCUCGACCCCUGGCGAAGCCGCCUGUCCGCCAGCGAAUCAAGAACUAGAAACAGGCUCGGAUAGCAAGACAGGGAACUGGAUCUACCCAUCCGAGAAGAUGUUCUUCGAGGCUAUGAAACGGAAAGGCCACGAUCCGCAGUCGACGGAUAUGCAGACGGUCGUGCCUAUCCACAAUGCAGUCAACGAGCGAGCGUGGGCUGAGAUCAAGAAGUGGGAGGGUCCUUGGGUCAAGGAAUCGAGUUGCGACGGCCCUCGGUUACACUCAUUCUCUGGUUUAGGAAGCACCAAGCUGUCACCUAGGGCACGAAUCAAUACAAUGCUGGGGUACAGCGCACCUUUCGACCGUCAUGACUGGGUGGUCGAUCGGUGUGGGAAAGAGGUCGAAUACAUCAUCGACUUCUAUGCCGGGAAAAGCACCGGUGAUGGCAGGCCUUCCUUCUACCUCGACGUACGGCCAAAGUUGAACAGCUGGGAGGGUAUUAAAAUGCGCGCAACGCGUGGUUUGGGUGUUGUAUGA